AUGUGUUUCACAAAUGGAACACUUUUCUGGAAUCUAUUAAUAUUAUUGCUGUUUCUGUUACACUUGAAACCCACAAAUGCCCUUCGAGAUACUUGUCCAAUCGGUUGUCAAUGUGAUGAGGAUACACAGAAGGUGACAUGUGAGGGACAACAAGUAGUCACUUUACCCGAUCGACUGCCCUCUGGAUAUGAGCAACUUCUCAUCCGCAACUCGUCGGUACGGACGAUUGAGAAGAACUCGUUUCGGAAAAUGGAGAAGUUGACGCAGAUCGAAUUUGAGAAUAACCCGAAUCUUGGGACGAUUGAGAAGUUGGCGUUUAAGGGGUUGAAGAAGAUACGACUCAUAAAAUUCACGGCGUGCCCUGGACUCACCGAACUGCAAAAGAACUCGUUCAGUGGGAUUCAGAAUCAAAUGGGACUCAAAAUCAUAUUCGAGAGGACACCCAUCCAUAGAAUCGACGGACACACGUUUCGCCAUGCUCAGAAUAUUCGAGAGCUCACGAUUUCUGGCGAGGAGUUGGCUCUUUCCAGACAUUGUUUUGCCAAUAUUAAUCAACUCGAUUUUCUUACUGUAUCUGGAGUUGUGCUCAUUGAGCCGGAGAUUUUCACAAACUCGACUCGUUUCCACGUGGUACAUUUCAAGAAUUCUCAAUUCGACAUUCCGCCGAACACAUUCAGCUCUUUGUCACACACCUCUCAUCUCCUCAUCGAACACACCAAGAUUCCAUCCAUCGCCCCUGACGCCUUCUCGGGCCUCACCACGAUCCAGGUCAUUGAGAUCCACGCGUGUCAACUCGGCACAAUAUCCGCCCGCGCGUUUGCCAACGUUGAGAACCUCGGAGAGCUGAAAAUUCUGAGAAACACUAUCGGCGACUUGGACACUUCUGAGUCGAUAAUGUCGAGAGCGUUGAAGACAAGAAUGGAGGAGAACACGUUGGAGUGUAAUUGUGGAAUGAAGUGGAUGACUAGUGUGGAGGAAAUGUCGGACAUCAAUUUCUGCAGCACGACAGCCUCGUUCCGAUCGAUUCGAUCAUUUGUAAAAGCAAAAUGUUCGCAUAUUUCAAAAGAAGUCUCCCGAAAAAAUCCCAUAAUGAAAUACCUCAAAUUCCCACUUGUCGUACAGAAGGAAAUAUUUGAGCACAUGAUAUUCGAAGAGUUGUUUCUGCUAUCACUCUGCUCAAAACGGUUCAAAAACCUGAUUCAUUUGGUUCAAAAGAGUCGGAUCAAAAGAGUCGACAUGAUUACGUACUUCUUUGCAAAAAAUAAAAAUUCCACGAUUACUGUAAAAUCGAGUAGUUCGGAGAGAAUUUUGCGGAUGAAGAAGAAUAAGGAUGGAGAGACUGAAAAUCGAGAAGCGGGAGGGCUAGAAUCGAAAGAAAACAGUUUAUUUUGCUUCUCGGGCAGCUCAUUGAUAUUCGAUCUGAAUCAUAGAGAUUCCACUUUGGAAGUGUUUCACACUCUUCUCAAAAACUUCUUCGAACAAGCAGAGUACCAAAUCAAAUCAAGGCACGACCUACUACCACCCAACUACCCUGACAUCAAAAACAGCGAAAUCGCACUACCCCGUAAAAUAUCACCGCACAAGUUGGAUGUAUUCUUCAACAAUUUUCCAUUACGAGAGUACGUCAAAAUCAUCGGAAGUUUCAACGGAAAUCUAGAUCCGAAUUCUAAACUUUAUGCAGCUGAACACUUGGAAAUAGACGGUCCCCUUACUCAAGCAGACGACAUUUUGUUUCGAUUCAAGGGACAAUGUCUGUAUUUGGAGAACGCCACUUUCUACGACGAAACUAUUUAUCAUUUUCUGGAAAUGUGGAAAUCAGGACUUGGAUUUCAAAAUCUGCAGAAACUUGUCAUUAACUGUGGAUACCUGUUUCGAUUCAAAGUCAACCAACUCAAGGAAUCUGUUGGUGUAAGGACUUUGGAUGAAGCGAAGGGUGCACUAUUUUAUGAGUGGCAGAAAAGACUCAACAUCCACCCUGUUGAAUAUGAGACACAAUUCAUCCGGACUAGGGAUUAUAUCCAAAGGGAGCAAAAUGGCCAAGUCGCAUAUGUAUCCAUCUCUGAAACAUCUUUGGCUCUUGUCGUUUGGAACCCUGAUGAUGAAGAACAAUUUGUACAGAUCUUGGAUGUUGCGGCUACAGUAUCUAAAGCUGCGUGGUCUACGGCUCCAUACUGUUGGCAAGUAGCUGUCGGCAAGAAGCUGUCAGCAAACGAGAAACAAGCCAUUAAGCGUGGUAACCUGAUACCCAGAUACAGUUUGAUCCUCCGAGUUUAUAAAGCGUGA